AUGGAUAAAAUGGAUAACGAAGUGUUGACACAAAUUGUUCAUGCAUUGGAAACCAUACAUAAUCAUGUUAUCACAAAUGAAAUAAGAAUUAAAGCUCAAGAGUAUUGUAAUUCAAUCAAAGAACAUCCACUUUCGCCGAUUUAUGGAAGAUAUUUAGCACACUUAGAAAAUAAUCAAUCUGAUGCAGUACGUCAUUUUGGGUUACAAUUAAUAGAACACGCAAUUGAAUUUAAAUGGAAUGAUGGAACUUAUAAUGAUGAUGAAAAACAACAAAUCAAGCAAGCUGUUAUUCAGUUAAUAGAAGGGGGAAUUCAUGAUAUCUUGAGAGAACAAUCAUUCAUUAAAAGUAAGGUUGCAAAAUUAUUUGCCGAUAUAGCUAAAAAAGAAUGGCCAAUAAGAUGGGAUGAUAUGGAUCAAUUAUUACAAGGGUUUUAUAACAAAAGUCCGACCACACAAGAAAUUACGUUAUUGAUACUUAGUUAUUUGGCAGAAGAAACCGAGACUCGUGAUUCGUUGCAAUGCGUAAUCGUAAGCUCUAAUGUGUUGAGAAUUCAAUAUCCUAAUGGGGUAAAAAGCGAAGGAGGGCGAAAAGGAAAAGUCACCAUUAUGUUUGGUGAUGAUCCAAAUAAUGAGGGAUGGUUAAUUCGGUGGAUAAGAAGUUUGGAACAAAUCGUUGGCGAAUGGCAACGUCAGAAACAACUGCAAGAUCCAAAUCCACAAACGAUUAUAAUUCAGGAAAAAUUAUCAACUGCUAUUUUAAAUACUUUGGCUACCACUUUGGAUUGGAUCCUUACAAGAUCAAUCGUAGAGUCAAACGUUGUGUUGAUGCUUUGUAAUUGUUUGUUGAUUGAUUGCUAUGAAAUAAGAAUGAAAGCGAUCGAGUGUCUUGCAAUAAUUUUUUCACGAAGUUUAGGAGCAGAAGAUCGCACUAUUGUUUUUGAACCAAUAUUUGAUGGGACGUGUCUGGAUUUAUUACAUAAUGCAUAUAACAAAAUACAACCUCCUGGACAGGAACUCUUAAUAGAUGAUGAUGAAUACUUGUAUUUGAAAAUGUUUGCUGAGGCUAUAGCUGGAUUGGGAGAGAAACACAUUUGUCAUAAAAAUAUUUCAGCAAUUCCAACACAAUUUCCAAACGAACAAAAGGGAUUGCCAAUAAUGUUGAUGGAGUUAUUUACUAAGCGAUUUUCAAAUGCACUCCAUUCUUCAGAACCCGUCGAUAGUUCUGCGUUACAUUACAAUGACCUUGAUUUUGAUUCAAUGAAUGAUCGUCGAAUGUUUGAUCAAUCAUUACGCUAUAAAAUUGUUGAACUAUUUAAAAGCGUUGCUUUAAUGCAACCAAUUGAAAUAUUUAGUUGGAUGGUUAAUAGGAUACAAGUUACUUGUAAUGUAAGACCUAGUAAUGAAGAUUUAGAUGUUGACGGAGUAUUAAGACUUGAUUCUAGAUUUUAUGUAACAUUUGAGACUGAAAUGACUUUAGUGGAAUCAAUUGUUAUUGGAUUAGGAAUAUUAAUUAAACAACAAAGUGACGAAGAGGUUGAGAAUGUCAAUAAUAAUGAUAGAUUAUUAUUAAGGGGACAGAUUAUGAAUGGAAUGAACAAUUUAUUACAAAUGUUAUUGGGAAUUGAAUAUGAGGAUUUAUCAAUGAUACACAGAUACUUGGCAGCAUUAGCAGCAUUCGAAGAAAUUUUACAGAUUGAUUCAAAUUUAUUAUUUCAAGUUUUACAGAAGAUGUUUAAAUUUGCAUUAUUUUGUCCACCAGGUUAUAGUAUUUCGUCGAGUUCUUCAUUUCCUCCGCCAAUCAUGAAAUUAAGAGUUGGAGCUGUUACUGCUUUGAUUAGGUUUGGAGUUGUUAUGCCUGAUGUUUUAAUGAUAAUUAGAAGUGAUAAACGUUUAGUUACCGGAAGAGAGAAAGGUCAUUUUAAAGAAUUUUUAUUAUCAAUUAUAUACUUCUCAAAAGUUCCGUUCGAGCAAAAGCAACCAUUAUUUGAUUCGAUAAUUGGAUCGGAUAUUAGUGAAUAUAAUUCUCCGUCUUUAGUUGGUUGCAUAGAAUCAAUUCAAAGAUUCAUGGAGAAUAUUGGUCUGAAUUUUUUAGCGACAGUUGUUAAUGGAAUGAAACAUAAUGGUGUAAUGAAUUUAAAAAGUCCAGUAUUUGAGAGAGAAGAUAUCAAGGUAUUUAAAUCUAAAAGGAAUAAAAUAGCUUGGUUGUUAAUCGUUACGUUGACUUGGUUAAGGCGAACCACGGACUUUUCAUCCAAGAAGAAAAAUGAUACGGCAAUGAAAGAGUCAUUGAAGUUAUGGCAACAAUAUAUACCUUUUAUGUUAACGUUCAUACUAGGUUUUAUAAGGAUGUUACAUCAAGUUUGGAAUGUUGAAACAUGGAGAGAAAUUCCUGUAGAAUUACAUUCUAUCCUAUUAUUCUCUAAAGAAGAAAAAGCUAAGGUCAUAGGCAUGCAACAAAAAAUUACAACGGUAGAUUCACAAUAUUCAAUUAAUGGAAUGAUUGAUAACAUUAAAAAAUGGCUUGUAAGUGUCAGAAUUGAUAGUUAUUACAUACUUGGUCGAUUGCCAUUCCUCGGCCCUGAUUUCUACACGGUAUUACCAAACAUGACUGAAUUAAUAACCCAGUCCUUAUUUGAGAAUGCCGAUAAUAUUAAUAAUAUUCAUUGGAAAAUGUUAUUAAAUAUCCUUGAUACUUUUAAGGAGAGGAUUCUUUUUUAA